AAUGAAGGGUCAGAGGGAAGUAGCGGAGAUUGUUAGUUAGUCCCAUGUUAGGAUUUGUUGUGUGGUUAUCGUCAUGCAAAGUAUAUACGAAGCAUAGUCUAGUAAACAAAAGAAGACUCUCAUCUAAGGGUGUCAAACAAAAUGUCUGUUUUUGGUUAGGUCACUACGUUGAUGUUCCUAGUCCAGUAUUCUUCUCUGUAUGGGAAAGAAGGAGGGUUCGUAAAUAUUGCGUAACAGGAAAAUCGUCUACUUAUAGUCAGAAAGAACAAGAGCAAUACCCACACCGACGUUUAAAAAAUUAUGGUGGAUUAGGUGGAAAGUAUGAUACCCGUCAGUAUCCUGCAAAGUCGUUGUGUUCUCACUGUGGACUUUGUGACACUCGCUUCAUACACUAUGUCAAGGAUAGUUGUGCCUUUUUAAAUCAACACAUCAGCGAAUUGGAAUAUACAGUUCAUGGAAAGUCAAGAGAUUUGGAAGUAGAAAAUGAACUCUAUUUUGGAGUUCAUCUCAACAUGAUAGCAGCUAGAAGAAAACAACCAUUACCGGGUGCACAGUGGAGUGGUAUUGUAACUAGUAUUGCCACAAGACUACUUGAAACUGGCAAAGUUCAAGGAAUCGUUUGUGUCAGGAAUGAUGAGCAAGAUCGUUUUCAACCCAAACCUGUUCUCGCAACGACGCCUGAGGAGAUAUAUGCUUCGAGAGUCAAUAAACCAACGUUAUCACCUAAUCUUUCAGUUCUUGACACAGUGGAAGCGUCUGGUUUUACUCGAAUAGGCGUCAUUGGCGUUGGUUGUCAAGUGGAAGCUUUGAGAAGUGUACAGUCCAAAUUGGGUUUGGAAAAGCUAUAUGUAUUGGGUACUCCUUGUGUAGAUAAUGUGACAAGAAAAGGUUUGGACAAGUUUCUAAGGACAACUUCUACAAGUCCUGACACAGUGGUCCACUAUGAGUUUAUGCAAGAUUUUCGAGUUCAUUUCAAACAUGACGAUAAAGUAGUGGGCGGUCCUGGCAAACAAUGGACGGAAACAGUACCUUUUUUUGGUUUAAAGACUAAUGAAUUGAAGGACAUUUUUGCACCAUCUUGUUUGUCUUGUUUUGACUAUGUGAAUUCAUUAGCUGAUUUGGUUGUCGGUUACAUGGGAGCACCUUUUGGAUGGCAGUGGAUAGUUGUUCGUAAUGAGAUUGGAAUGGAAAUGUUGGAUUUAGUAAGCUCCCAAAUAGAGACUAUGCCUUUGUCUUCUUCGGGCAAUCGCUUACAAGCCGUCCAAAAUAGCAUUCCUGCUUAUGAUAAAGGAAUGACUUUGCCCAUGUGGAUUGCUCAACUUUUAGGAGUCGUUAUUGACAAAUUGGGACCAAAGGGCUUAGAAUAUGCUCGGUUUUCUAUCGACUCUCACUUCACUCGAAAUUAUCUAUACAUGAAGCGAAAUUUUCCGAAUAUUUUACAACGUCAUGUUCCAGAAUAUGCUCGCCGAAUUAUUGAACAGUAUAAACUUCCUAAAGAAUAGUAACUAAUGAAGGCCAAUAAAGGAAAUUUAAACUUG